AUGGUCACCUCCAACGCCCCCUUCAGGCCAUCGCCAUUAUCAUUUGGCUCCCCUCGACCCUCCCCUUUUCGCCGUCCUUCUACACCCAACUCCCAUCCACAAGGCCGCUCAAGCACCCCUGGCAGUUCCCCCGGCCGCGGUUACACUCCGGUUCAGUCACCGAGCAAACUCAAGGAAUCAUACACCGUCGAGGAAGAUGACGGUUCAUCACCCAAGAGCAAGCCCAGAAGUCCCAUUGCACAGCCUCGGUUCACACGAGAGGCGCCCCCUUCGCCAACGAGGGGCGCCAAUGCGCCGGAUUCGUCGCCGUCGUUGAUGGAAGCCAAAGCUACGAACAUGAUGGCGGCGUCAUCUGACGCAGCAGCUAAACUACCCCCCGCACAACUGCGGGAAAUCCGAGAGGCCUUCCAAGUCCUGGACCGAGAUAACGAUGGCUUAGUAGAUAAGGACGACGUGGCGGAUGUGCUUACGAACGUGGACCCGACUGCCCUUUCCAAGUUCUUCCCUCUAGGAGGUCCUCAAACCAUGAAUUUCCCCACCUUCCUCAAUACCCUCUCACAGCUGCUCGCUCCUCUUUCUUCCCGCCAAGAGCUCAUGAAUGCCUUGGCGGCCUUCGACGAAGACGAUAGCGGUCAGAUCGACGUCGACGAGCUGCGCGAUGCCCUCUUACACACAGCAUCCGAGGAUGGAGACCACCCUCUAAGCGACCGGGAGAUCAAUGAAGUGCUCAGUGGAUUUACGGGGCGCCGAGCAUUUGGCGGGAAAGGUGCUCGGGCGGCGGGCGGAGGGAAGAGGGGGGAGGUAUUCCGAUACCAGGACUUUGUCAGUGGGAUCAUGGGAGGGACGGAGAAUGGAUCGACGAAUCGCCGCGACGCCUAG